AUGGACGGCCGCCUAGACGCUGACUUGUACCCUCUGGGAGCCGGCUACGUCCCUGAAAUUGACAGUGUCCAUGACAUAUCAGUUGGCACAAAGAGGGGAUCCGACGAACUCUUUUCUUCUUGCAUAUCCAACGGGCCCUAUAUCAUGAACUCAGCCAAUGGCAACGACACCAAAAAAUUCAAAGGUGACGUCCGCAGUCCUGGUGUUCCGUCACGUGUGGUCCAUGUACGCAAGCUGCCCAACGACAUAAAUGAGGCGGAGGUUAUUGGACUGGGACUGCCCUUUGGGAAGGUCACUAAUCUGCUGAUGCUGAAAGGGAAAAACCAGGCUUUCUUGGAACUGAACAGCGAGGAGUGUGCACAGACGAUGGUGAGCUACUACUCCUCUGUCACCCCUGUCAUCAGAAACCACCCCAUUUACAUGCAGUACUCAACCCAUAAGGAGCUCAAGACGGACAACUCCCCCAACCAAGUGCGUGCACAGGCAGCUCUGCAGGCAGUCAAUGCUCUGCAUGGAGGUGGGAUGGGAAGCAUGGCCAUUUCUGCAGAUGCAAGUAGCAUGGCUGGAGGAGGAGCCCAAAGCCCUGUCCUCAGGGUCAUCGUGGAAAACCUCUUCUACCCUGUCACCCUGGAUGUACUACAUCAGAUUUUCUCUAAGUUCGGCACUGUGCUGAAGAUCAUCACUUUCACAAAGAACAACCAGUUCCAGGCUCUGAUCCAGUAUGCCGAUAGCAUGACCGCUCAGCACGCCAAACUGUCUCUGGAUGGACAGAACAUCUACAAUGCCUGCUGUACCUUGAGAAUCAGUUUCUCCAAGCUCACCAGCCUUAAUGUCAAGUACAACAAUGACAAGAGCAGGGAUUACACCCGACCAGACCUCCCCAAUGCGGAUUCACAGGCCUCCCUUGACCACCAGACCAUGGCAGCUGCUGCAUUUGCUGCACCAGGCAUAAUCUCAGCCUCUCCCUAUGGUGGAGCCCAUGGCUUCCCCCCAACCUUUGCCAUCCAACAGACCGGUCUGUCGGUGCCUGGUAUGCCCAGUGCCUUGGCAUCCCUCGGUGUGAGCCACAGUGGCAUGGCGGCUGCAGGCAGCCGUCUGGGCCUGUCAGGGCUCGCUCCCUCUGCCGGACACAAUGUCUUGUUGGUCAGCAAUCUGAACCCUGAGAGCGUUACGCCACACUGCCUCUUUAUUCUUUUCGGUGUGUAUGGCGAUGUGAUGAGAGUGAAGAUCCUAUUCAAUAAAAAGGAGAAUGCUCUGAUCCAGAUGUCUGAUGGCACACAGGCUCAGCUAGCUAUGAGCCACCUGAAUGGCCAGCGUCUUCAUGGCAGGGACAUGCGUGUGGCAUUUUCAAAGCACACCACAGUGCAGCUGCCCAGAGAAGGCCACGAGGACCAGGGCCUCACAAAAGACUACAGCAACUCACCGCUGCACCGUUUCAAGAAGCCUGGCUCCAAAAAUUACUCCAACAUCUUCCCACCCUCUGCAACGCUCCACCUCUCCAACAUACCGCCUUCUGUGGUGGAGGAUGACCUCAGGAGGCUUUUUGCCAGCUCAGGAGCCACAGUCAAGGCUUUCAAGUUCUUUCAAAAGGACCGCAAGAUGGCCCUGAUCCAGAUGGGCUCAGUCGAGGAGGCAAUUGAGUCCCUCAUCGAGUUCCACAACCACGAUCUGGGAGAGAAUCACCACCUUCGAGUGUCCUUCUCAAAGUCCACCAUCUGAGUGCCUUUUCUUCCUCCCUCCAUGUCUAUUGCCAUCUGAAUGCUACUUUUGUGAAGGUUGCAUUCAGUGGAAAUGGCCACCAUUACAUAUUUAUGGCUGUGGUUCUUUGUAGAACGUUGCUCCUUUCACCCCCAGUGCUAAUGAUUCCCCAUUAUUAAUAGGUUUGGGUAUAGGAUUUAAUUGACUGUUUAUAGAUUCUGGUUCCAAGUUGUGUCACAUAAGACACCAAAAUAUGUUAAACAAAUACCAUCAUUUUCUUUUGAUUUAUGGUGUCAUAAACUAGUUCAGCACACAAUAAAUGGUAUUUUAAAUUAAAAUGUAGACAAAUAUGAAUAUUAAUUUUAUGCAGAAAAUUGUUUGUAGUUUAAGACUUGUUUGUAUUUGAGCUAGACCUGCUAACAUGAACUGAUUCAGGGGCAUUAUGAAUUUGACCGGGGACCCCAAAAACCCUAAAUUCUUGUACCAUGCCGCAGUAUGUUGUACAGAUUUCUUGAAUGCAGGAAGUGUUUUUCACUUGGUGAUUACAUUUUACAUUAAACACCAUUUGCAUGCCUUGGCACAAGUGUAACUGGCAGUGUAAACAAAGUAGGUCCAAAAUUAACUCAGAAGUCAGUAAGUGGAAUCAUAAGAGUGUUUCUGAACAAAUCCAUGGUCUUGAUAAAAUUGGAACUGGUUCCAGUUCAGGACAUGUUCUUGGUACCCCAAACCUAAUCAUUAAUUUGUUCUAUCAUAGUUCAUCAAGUUUUUAGUGGGGUCCUGGGGAAUGGGCAACCUUCUGCAAUGAAACAUGUUAUUUUGGAGGUAAAGUAGGGGCAGCUUAUGAACUGUCACUUUAGACCAAAUCGCUAAAAAAAAAAAAAAAAACAA